AGUCAGGAAAAUUGCCUACUUCUUUACGAGUAAUGUUACGUAACUGAAAAGUGAUCGAUGAUUGCGCAGUGGGGUCUCUCCAUUGUGUUGUGUCAGUUUGUCCUUUAGCUUCGAGUGUGUUGUUUGCGUGACUGACUCAUUUCUUCUUUAACUUAUCUCUCCCAAGGGAAGCCUUGUCGGAUCCAGAAAUGUCUUCUCCUAGCGCCGGCAAGAAGAGAAUGGACACGGAUGUUAUAAAACUGAUUGAAAGCAAGCAUGAAGUGACAAUAAUGGGAGGGCUAAAUGAAUUUUGUGUCAAGUUCUAUGGACCAAAAGAAACUCCGUACGAGGGCGGGGUCUGGAGGGUUCGUGUGCUGCUGCCCGAGCACUACCCGUUCAAAUCGCCCAGCAUCGGCUUCAUGAACAAGGUCUACCAUCCCAACAUCGACGAGAUGUCCGGCACCGUCUGUCUGGACGUCAUCAACCAGGCCUGGACGGCACUCUACGAUCUCUCCAACAUCUUCGAGUCUUUCCUGCCGCAGCUGCUGACCUACCCGAACCCGAUCGACCCACUCAACGGAGACGCGGCAGCCAUGUACAUGCACAAGCCUGAGGAGUACAAACGCAAGGUGGCAGAGCACGUGCGGCGCUACGCCACGGAGGAGGCGAUCGCUCCGCCGCCGCAGGUCUCCGACGACCUCUCCUCGGACUCCGAGUCGGAGCUCUCAGAGUUCUCAGAGGAUGAGGCGAGGGAUAUGGAGCUAUAACUGCCGCCGACGUCCGCCGUCCGCUGCUGCCGCUGCCGCCGUCACUGUCAGCCGGCCCUGACAACGUAGAGGGCAUAGAGUCAUCCUGAUUGGGGAGAGAAUAGAGGAAAUUCAUCGGGUAACGGAGGAUUGAUGUCGAAAUCUUUCUUUUCGAAAUCUGUUCGAAAUCGAGUUUCGGGAUAUUUAUCUAGAAUCAUAAAUUCGUAACAGGCAGGCACCAGCUGAUUCGGUCGAAAUGAAAACGAUGUGUUGGUUAUCGGCAUGCCGCUCUUAGCUUUGUUACGAUUAUUCGUUAACCAUAACAUAAGUAAUGCAAUCGUAUUGUGAGCUUUUGUUUGGUGAGAACCGAAACUUACUUCGGUUUCAUGUGUUCAGCGCUCAGUUUCGAACGUUUUCAUAGCCUCACCGAAAUCCAGUAGUGCUUUUGUCUGUGAAGUUUCCGUGCUUUAGAAUUGAACCGAUGUACUUAGAACUCUGGACUUGUUAUAACCGUCGCCUAGUAUAUUUUCGCGACCUGGUUCGCGACGUUUCUGGUUUGACAUUCACAGUGAGUAAACUACUUGCGAUAGGCCGCGUAACUGUAUCAGACAAGGAACAGCAAACCCUCGUGGUUGCGUGAACUGAAUGUGUACGAUCAGACUUCCCAGACCCGACUCUCCUCCGUCUCCGUGUAUUAUCCGACUCUAUGGACCGCACUGUCAUUGGCCGGCCCCCCGGCGCGGCAGCGGCAGUCGGCUGGCCGGCGGACCGGUGCCGUGUCAGUGUGCGUGCGUUCGUGUGUCAUUUUACUGCUGUUACUGGUCGUCGUGGGCGUGUCUCUGGUUUAGCCGUAAGCAGUGUGGUUUGGGAAGUAGGUAGCUGGUAGUUGCGUGGGUUUCCGUGCAGGCUUGUCCUGAUGGCAGGCCGCGGCGGUGUGCGCCGCGCCUUCUCUGUGCUCGUUCACGUGUUGGAUCCCUUUUAUUCUUGACUGGGAACUUGCUAGUGCGAUGCUGCCAGCGGCAACAGGCUGCUCCCGACUUUCUACGAAUCUCGUAUUCUCAGCGGUUUGUCCAUUAGUUCUGUCCCUGGAUCUCGGCUUAGCCCUGAAAACCAUUCAUUGCCGUCCGGCCACCUGUAAUCUGACAAUAUUCCCCGCUAUGGACGGCAAUUUUGAACCACUGCCCGUCCAUGUGUACUUCACGCCCAUCCUUCCAGCUCUCCUUCUGUUGCUAGCUCUAUGGAUCAACCUCAUCGUUGGUAUAUUUCACAGUUGUUGGCGAAGUCACUGUUCGUCGGCUCCACCUCCGUCCUGUCUUUUUUUCGUGUUGUCCUAUCCGCUCUGCCGUCCGCUUUCGUCCCGUCCCGUCUUCCGUCCUGUCCUGUCCCGUGUUCCUCCUGCCGUGUUCCGUCCUGUCCUGUCCCCCUGUUCCGUUCCCCUGUCCGCCGGCGGUACUCGCAGCACUGUAGCCUGUAGUCAGAGUGGUCGGUAGUUGAGUAGUGGCGCGUUGCUCUCCGCCGGGGACCGGUCCACCGCCGGCCGCGACUGUCAGCUCUAGUGAUAAGGUGUGAGCGCGGGCGGCCGGCCCGCCCGCCGUGACCGGUAGUGUGCUGUCAGAGUGAGCCCCCAACCCACCCCAACGGAGGUGAACGAUGCAAAAUAAUUAUCAGCGGAGGUGAAUUAUAUCGUCCAAGGGAUUGUGUUCUGAUUGAUAUGUGCUUGCUUCUAAGCUUUCGGAGUUUUGCGGGUUCUAAAUUUUAGGAGAAAACCAUGACUGACUGCCCUCGCUUUGAGUUCGUUGGGCACGAGCAAUAUCGUUUAUAACUGAUCACUUACUCUGACACAUUCGAAAUAGUCACAUCAAGGAGUCUUCUAAAGAUAAUUCACGGUGUGUAUACUUCUAUAUUAUGUAAGCAGUUUGCGUCUGCCGGAAAACUGCCCCCAUCUGUAGUGUGAAUAUGGCAUGUGAAAGUCGGCGGUAAGGUCGCAUGCCGUCUAGUUAAGUUGGUCUGCGCUGUCAAGGUGGCGUGGCCUUGUUUGAGCCGCACUACCUUGUCGACCGCAGCCGGCCGGAACCCCACAGGGCGCUGCCGACCCUCGGCGCUGCAGUUUAAACCUGGAAUUCCUCGCAUGGUUCGCUGUUUUCCGGUAUGCAACGUAUUUGCUUUUUGCCGUACUAAAGCAUUUCAAAUUAUUCAUUGUCAAUCUUGGGGACAAGAUUGACUGUUUUCAUUGUUUGAACUUUUCGAACGUUAUUGUUUCAACUACUGAGAAUUUGUGUACGUUCUGGUGGUAAAUGCCGCGAUUACCAGGUGCGUAUCUGCAGUGUCGUGUCGGUGGGCUGCCGAAGCGGGUUCGAACCUCGCCCGGUGCCGAACUUUUGGCGCCUCUCAUUGUCCCAUGUACUGGCUACUGGACCCUUUGUGAAGUGUUUACGUGUAGUAUUGGCCGCUCGCCAAGAGCCGCAAGUGUUGUGUACCUAACGCCUCAAUAUAUUUACAAUAAAAAGGUCAACACUCAGUAAAA